AUGACGAUCGGCUACGACCGUGUUUUACCGGUCCCACUACCUGAGCAGUGGAAUCUUCGUUAUACGUUUGCGGGCGCUAUCAUUCUAGCAGCUGUUGCAUGUGGUUCAUCGCUGAUGCUGCUGUGGAUAGCUCUUGAGGCGUGGAGCGAUUCGUCGUACCCGGAUUCGUGGUUCCAAGCACUUGGACUUGCACAGCUGAAGCAGGGUAAGGUGGUGACGCUGCUGUACCUUAAGAUAUCUAUCUCCGACUUCUUGACACUGUUCUCUUCGCGAACAGGAGGUCGGUUCUUCUUCACGAUGGCUCCUGGUCUUGUGCUUCUGAUCGGUGCGAUUAUCUCUCUGUUUGUGUCGUCUAUGGCGGCUUCGUUCUGGCACGAGUCAAGGCCUGAUGGUCUCCUGACGGAGGGCCUUGCGUGGGGUGACACGAAUAGCGAAAGGCUUCUGCCGUUGUGGGUGUGGAUCUACUGCAUCGUAUGGUGGCUUGUUCAGGACGUUGUGAAGGUGCUUUCACAUAUGUUAAUGGAGGCCGUUGAUCUAUUCGGAUGUGUGUCAGAGGCGUAUGGCGGAAAGGUCAUUGAACAGUACGUGGAGGAGGAUCCUUCCGCUGACCCGAAGCAGUCGAAAGAGCCACUGAUGUAA